CGGGGCCGGGGCCUGCGGGACGCCAUCGCGGCGGGGCCGAGUCCCCGGCGGCGGCGGCGGGAUGGCGGCCGAGGGGAAGGUGACGGGGCAGAGCCAGGAACAGUUCCUGCUGCUGGCCAAGGCUGCCCGCGGCGCCGCGCUCGCCAGUCUCAUCCACCAGGUGCUGGAGGCCCCGGGCAUCUACGUCUUCGGGGAGCUGCUGGACAUGCCGGCCGUCCGCGAGCUGGCCGACUCCGAGUUCUCUCCCGUCUUCCACCUGCUCACCAUCUUCGCCUACGGCACCUACGCCGACUACCUGGCUGAAGCAGCAAACCUCCCUCCCCUGACAGAGGCUCAGAAGAACAAACUGAGGCACCUGUCAGUCGUCACUCUGGCUGCCAAGAUCAAGUGCAUCCCGUAUUCGGUGUUGCUGGAGCAGUUACAGCUGAAGAAUGUCCGGCAACUGGAGGACCUCGUGAUCGAGGCGGUGUACGCAGAUGUGCUGCGAGGGAGCUUGGAUCAGCGGAACCAGCGCCUGGAGGUGGAUUACAGCAUUGGGAGGGACAUCCGGAGGGAGGAGCUAAGCACCAUCACCCGCACAUUGCAGGAGUGGUGCCAGGGCUGUGAGGUUGUGUUGUCUGGCAUUGAAGAACAGGUCAGCCGAGCCAACCAACACAAAGAACAACAGCUGGCACUUAAGCAGCAGAUAGAGAGUGAGGUGGCAAAUCUGAAGAAGACAAUUAAAGUGACAACAGCAGCUGCUGCUGCAGCCACAUCUCAAGACCCAGAACAGCACCUCACAGAGCUCAGGGAACCUGCCCCUGGCACCAACCAGCGCCAGACCAGCAAGAAGACUUCCAAAGCCAAAGGGCUCCGGGGCAGUGCGAAGAUUUGGUCUAAAUCAAACUAGUUGGAUCUCCCUUCACAGGUGGGAGGGUGAGAGGAAGAGACUUGGGACUCUUGCUACCCCUCCAUCUCCUAAGUGUGAUGCUCCUGAGCUCAUCUCUGAGAUCUGUCUUGCCAACUAAUUUUCCUGCAUGUUCUCUUUUCUGUCUUCUUUACUUCCUUUCUGGGCAGUGCUUCCCACCUUUUAAUCAUGACAUUUCACACUCUAAGCUUCCAGUUGAAUGCGUUGCUGUUUCCCCUACCCCUCAAGGUUCCGUCACCACAAUCACAUUUCUUUCUCUGUCCCUGUCUUUUGACAGGUAAAUUUAAAGAGUCAUAAAAGUCUGUCUGUCACCUUUGCAUCUGUAGGGCAUCACAGAAGCUUGGAAAGAGUGCAGUGAUGCUCAGCAAUCAUUUUGGCUCUCUGAUACCCCUGGGACACUUUGUUCCAGGAUGCAGCUGCCAUCUUUGAUUGUUUAAUCUUUGUUUUGCUAGGUGGGAGGGUAGUUUUUGAAGGGAUUCUUUUAAAAGAAUAUAAAUAUAUUAUAAAUAUAUAUA